UUUCAUUUUCAGCAAAAAGAAAAAAGAAAAAAAGGGCAAUGAAGCACAUGGUUUUGUUCAAGGUACAAGAGUGGUGGUGCAGCCACUUAGAACCAGUUUGCAACGUACAUUUAAGGUAUCUCGUUGCUUUCUUUAGAACUCAUUCUAUAAGUAGGCUACACACAUACACAAUCUUGACUUUCCUAUUUUUUUUUUUUAGCCUGUUGAGAAAUACCAUUUUUCCUUCCUUUAUCCUUUCGUCUAUAAGCGUGUGUCUGAAGAGCUGCUCUUUUUUAGUUGUUAUGAUUUUCUCUGCAUCCACCCUUCAGCAGACGCCCAACUGCCAUCGCUUAGUAGAAGCGAGUCUACGAAACAGAUACAGAUAGGAAGCAUUAUAGACCAUUUUUACUUUACGUAAUACACCAGCCGAGCUUCACUUUUACGGAAGAAAAAAAAAACCAGCUUUUAGGACCCAGAAUAAAUCGUCGAGGAGGGGAAGCGCAAAAGAAGAAAGACGGAUGAUAUGAAUACUUGUUAUUGACGAGUAUUGACGCGUUCACGUUCCCAGGUUUCCCAUAACCAGGAACAUCCACAUUCUGCUUAGGCCUUAAGGAACCAAAUCAAACCGGAAAAAAGAUGGAUUUGACUUUAUUGCGAUGAUUGAGUUACAGCAAUAAGAUCAGGUGUUGAUACUUGUUUAAUGAACAAAAUCAACACGUUUUUUCGAAAUGGAAAAAAAAAAAAAUUCUCAAAGCAGAUAUCAAGCACGCCAUACACA